AUGGUUCAAUCAUCCAUCUUAGGUUUCCCACGUAUUGGUGGUCAAAGAGAAUUGAAAAAAGUUACUGAAUCUUACUGGCAAGGUAAAGUCUCUGUUGAAGACUUAUUAGCUAAAGGUAAGGAAUUGAGAGCCCACAAUUGGAAAUUACAACAAGCUGCUGGUGUUGAUAUCAUUCCAUCUAAUGAUUUCUCUUACUAUGAUCAAGUUUUAGAUUUAUCAUUAUUAUUCAAUGUUAUUCCAGACAGAUAUACUAAAUUUGAUUUGGCCCCAAUUGACGUUUUAUUCGCUAUGGGUAGAGGUUUACAAAGAAAAGCCACCGAAACUACUGCUGCUGUUGAUGUCACUGCUUUAGAAAUGGUUAAAUGGUUUGAUUCUAAUUAUCAUUAUGUUAGACCAACUUUCUCUCACUCUACUGAAUUCAAAUUAAACCAAGAAGCCGGUUUAAAACCAGUUAAUGAAUUCUUGGAAGCUAAAGAAUUAGGUAUUUCUACUAGACCAGUUGUUUUGGGUCCAAUUUCUUACUUAUUCUUAGGUAAAGCUGAUAAAGAUUCUUUAGAUUUAGAUCCAAUUUCUUUAUUAGAUAAAUUCUUACCAGUUUAUAAAUCUUUAUUAGCUGAAUUGAAAAAAGCUGGUGCUAACCAAGUUCAAAUUGAUGAACCAAUCUUAGUUUUGGACUUACCAGAAUCCGUCCAAUCUAAAUAUAAAGCUACCUUUGAUGCUUUAGUUGGUGACGAAUCUUUACCAGAAAUCGUUUUAACUACUUACUUUGGUGAUGUUAGAGCUAACUUAUCUGCUAUCAAAGAUUUAUCUGUUGCUGGUUUCCAUUUUGAUUUCGUCAGAGUUCCAGAACAAUUUGAUGAUGUUGCUGCUAUCUUGAAUGAUAAACAAACUUUAUCUGUUGGUAUUGUUGAUGGUAGAAAUAUUUGGAAAACUGAUUUCUCUAAAGCCUCUAACUUUGUUAACAAGGCUAUUGAAAAAUUAGGUAAAGAAAGAGUUAUUGUUUCUACUUCUUCUUCUUUAUUACACACUCCUGUUGAUUUAAAUAAUGAAAAGAAAUUAGAUGCUACCAUCAAAGACUGGUUCUCUUUCGCUACUCAAAAAUUAGAUGAAGUUGUUACCAUUGCUAAAAACGUUAGUGGUGAAGAUGUUGCUGCUUUAUUAGCUGCUAACGCUGCUUCUAUCAAAUCAAGAAAAGAAUCUUCUAUUACUACUAAUCCAAAAGUUCAAGAAAGAUUAGCCACUAUUGACGAAUCUUUAUCUACUAGAAAAGUUCCUUUCGAUGAUAGAUUAGCUGCUCAAAAAGAUAAAUAUAACUUACCUUUAUUCCCAACUACUACCAUUGGUUCUUUCCCUCAAACUAAAGAUAUUAGAAUCAACAGAAAUAAAUUUGCUAAAGGUGAAUUAUCUGCUGAAGAUUAUGAAAAAUUCAUUGAAAAAGAAAUUGAAACUGUUGUUAGAUUCCAAGAAGAAAUUGGUUUGGAUGUCUUGGUUCAUGGUGAACCUGAAAGAAAUGAUAUGGUUCAAUAUUUCGGUGAACAAUUAGAAGGUUAUGCUUUCACCACUGGUGGUUGGGUUCAAUCUUAUGGUUCAAGAUAUGUUAGACCUCCAAUUGUUGUUGGUGAUGUUUCUAGACCAAAAGCUAUGACUGUUAAAGAAUCAGUUUACGCUCAAUCUAUUACUGACAAACCAAUGAAAGGUAUGUUAACUGGUCCAGUUACUUGUUUAAGAUGGUCUUUCCCAAGAGAUGACGUUUCUCAAAAAGUCCAAGCUUUACAAUUAGGUUUAGCUUUAAGAGAUGAAGUUCAAGACUUAGAAAAAGCCGGUAUCACCGUUAUCCAAGUCGAUGAACCUGCCAUCAGAGAAGGUUUACCAUUAAGAGCCGGUAAAGAAAGAUCCGAUUACUUAAACUGGGCUGCUCAAUCUUUCAGAGUUGCUACUUCUGGUGUCGAAAACUCUACUCAAAUCCACUCUCAUUUCUGUUACUCUGAUUUGGAUCCAAACCACAUCAAAGCUUUAGAUGCUGAUGUUGUUUCUAUUGAAUUCUCUAAAAAAGAUGAUCCAAACUAUAUUCAAGAAUUCUCAAACUAUCCAAAUCACAUUGGUUUAGGUUUAUUCGAUAUCCACUCUCCAAGAAUUCCAUCUAAAGAAGAAUUCAUCACCAGAAUCGAAGAAAUCUUGAAAGUUUACCCAGCCAACAAAUUCUGGGUCAACCCAGAUUGUGGUUUGAAAACUAGAGGCUGGACUGAAGUUAGAGAAUCUUUAACCAAUAUGGUUGAAGCUGCUAAACACUUCCGUGGUAAAUACUAAUCAAGUUGCAAAAAAGAUUUUCUUUAGAAAUUAAUGUUUUCUAACUUCUAUUUUUUUUU